AUGAGACUCCAAGCUGUUGUCAAUGGCCUAAUUGAUCUUCCUCCGGGUGAAGUCAAAAUUUUGAUGGCUUUGUGCGGCGAGCUCAAGCUGGAACUCAUGAUGAGUCUCUCAUUCGUAUCCUUUGAAGAGACACCUCUCGUGCAGCUGGGCAAGCGAAGCACUGGAGACAAUCCUCGACAUGAGAAUACGAUGAACAGGACAGCACGCGACAACGUUAGGACACCACCAUACUCGUGCGGCUAUCUCUACCACCAGAACGCGCUGCGUGCCUUAUGUUCCGGCACGCCGGCAAAGGUACUAGCACUAUGUAAACGAAGACGCGAGUUCUUAUCUACACGCACCGAAAACCAAGUAUCGCCUCGCAGUAGGCAAUAUCGUCCGAGGGAACAAAAGUUCAAAAGUGAUAGCACAACCUGGUUUCGAUCCAGGGACCUCUGGGUUAUGAGCCCAGCGCUCUACCCCUGA